UGACUACCUUCGGCCAUAUUCUUUCAUGGAAGUAGCACCUUCACAAUCCUGGAAUGGUGACUCCACCCGCCCAAGUGAAGGAGGAGCGCCUUCACGAUUCACGCCAAGGCCACAUCGAGCUCCCGGACAGGAAGAUCGCUAUGUUCCGGCUUCAAAAAUGGUCUUUGACGGCAAACGCAUGAGAGGCAGGAUUCAGCGCCGCACUGUGGAUUACAACCACACUAUUGCUCGCUGGUACCAGCAACGUGUUUGGCAACGUGAUCGUCGCGAUCGUAAAUUCCUUCGACCCGAUCCAAGCUUUAUCGUCGACUUAUUACCUCCUGCAGCAUACCCAGAUAAUCCUGUUAAUGCGGUAACGACCAAAUUCAUUCACACAUCCACAAACAAGAUUCGUUGCCCUGUUAAUGUGGUUAGGUGGACGCCAGAGGGACGUCGUCUCAUCACAGGCUCAUCGAGUGGAGAAUUCACGCUAUGGAACGGUCUUACGUUCAAUUUCGAAACCAUUCUACAGGCUCAUGACUCAGCGGUGCGAGCGAUGAAAUGGUCACAUAAUGAUAGUUGGAUGGUGACGGGCGACAACAGUGGUGUGGUGAAAUAUUGGCAAUCCAACAUGAAUAAUUUGAAGAUGUUCCAGGGACAUCGGGAAGCUAUUCGAGAUCUAACUUUUGCUCCGUCAAAUACUCGUUUUGCUACGUGCUCUGACGAUUCAUUGAUCAAGAUUUGGGAUUUCAAUCAAGGUGUAGAAGAGCGUGCAUUGACUGGUCACGGUUGGGAUGUUAAAUGCGUUGACUGGCAUCCAUACAAAGCAUUAAUAGCAUCUGGUAGUAAAGAUAACAUGGUAAAAUUAUGGGAUCCUAAGACUGGUAAAAACUUAACAACACUUCAUGGCCACAAAAAUACGGUACAAGGGUUGCAAUGGAAUCAGAAUGGUAAUUGGUUAGCCACAGCUGGUAAAGAUCAAACCAUCAAAGUAUUUGAUAUACGUACAAUGAAAGAGCUUCAAGGCUUCCGCGGUCAUAAGAAGGAAGUUUGUUCCAUUGCAUGGCAUCCACAACACGAACGCAUGCUUGCUUCCGGAGGCUCCGAUGGUUCUUUAAUGUUCUGGCUAUGCGGUCAAGACGGACAUAUUGGAGAGCAAGAAACGGCUCACGAUUCUAAUAUUUGGUCUUUGGACUGGCAUCCUAUUGGCCACAUACUGGUAACGGGAUCUAAUGAUCAUACCACACGAUUUUGGACACGACCACGACCAGGAGAGACAGCAUCAGACAAAUUCAAUGCUAGCCAACACCAGGACGAUGAAUCAAACAAGGAUGAUGAAAGUGAAUAUGUUGACACACCACCGUUCCGUCCCGCCUCAGCAGGACAGCGACCUCCAGUUGAUUUGCCUCCAUUUCGCCCAUCGACAGCGGGACCACCGCAGAGGCAAAAUGGACCGCCCAGUAAUGAUCCACCUCCCUUCCGACCUCCGCCAUCAUCACAGCAGCCAUACCAACGUCAACCACCACAGAAUGGUCCGCCUCCUGCCCAGUUUGAUGGACCGGGUCAAAUGCAGUUCAGGCCGCAGGGCGGCUACCCUAAUGGUCCACCUCCAUCACAGCAACAGUUUGGCGGCCCACCGCCACAUCAGCAGCAAUUCCUGCCUCCAGGGCCAGGAGCACACCAGCGACAGCAGCAAUUCAAUCCUCAGGCACCCCCACCGCCUUUUAGACCACCGAUGCAUAACCAAGGCGGCGGGCCACCACCCCAUUAUCAGCAGCAGCGUCCGCCAUAUGGCAAUUCAGAACGACCACCUUACCGCCAAAACGGUCCACCGCAACAGAGACAGCAACCCUAUGGCGGUGGUAGAGACAGGGAUCGUGACCGAGACCGUAACCCACGUUAUCGUAAUUAAUUGUGAGGUUUUGUAUUUUUGGUGGAGCUCGAAACAGAAUAAAAAUGGAUAUAAUAAAACAAAGGUUAGCUUGUUCUCACUUUCUAUUGAGAGGUUCCAUUAUGAAGCGGAACAAGAUCUUGGUCAUCGGCAGGCACAAUGCCAACAAGUUGGAGCUUAUAAAACAAUUGUUCUCGGAAUCACAAAGUGCAUUACCCAAGGAUGUCAGUGACGACACUCAAAUGAUACCUUGGACUAUCGAUACCAAAUACUAUACAGCCGAGGUUGAUCUUUGGCUGGACCAUAUCGAGUCCGACGCAGAAGCAGCAGUCAAGGCGUUCGUCGAGGAUGAGAACGGUGUCUGUGA